AUGUACCCAAAUAUUAUUGUUUGGCAUUGCAUGAAUCAUACAUUAGAGCUAGCCUUAAGUGAUGCAGUUGAUGAAGUUUGGGCCGUAAAUCAUUUUCAAAUAUUUAUGGGUAGAAUAUACUUUAUUAACAGUAAAUCACCGAAAAACCAACGUGAACUCUCCGAGUGUGCCUUAAAGCUGAUACAACAACUACAAAAAAUUGGAAAAGUUUUAGGAACUCGAUGA